AUGGUGGACAGUUACGACAACCCCCUCUACAGAAACAAACCAAGCACACGUGUGCAUGCAGCUCCAGGCGGUGCAUCUUCGAUAUGCUUCGGCGAUGAUACCCCGCCUCCCGCUGCGCAAGCUCCUGCAAUCCCGAGCGCGCCAUCAACCGCACCGUCCAGCUCAAGACCGUCGCCGACGCCAGCAGCGGGGCAGCAUGGAGUGGCAAAUGACGGAAUGAAUCAGGCGAAAACUUCCGUUCGUGUUCAUCAGCCGCCAGGAGUUCAUUUCGGUUGA